AUGGAGUGCAGCUCCCACGACAUGGAGUGCAGCUCCCACGACAUGGAGUGCAGCUCCCACGACAUGGAGUGCAGCUCCCACGACAUGGAGUGCAGCUCCCACGACAUGGAGUGCAGCUCCCACGACAUGGAGUGCAGCUCCCACGACAUGGAGUGCAGCUCCCACGACAUGGAGUGCAGCUCCCACGACAUGGAGUGCAGCUCCCACGACAUGGAGUGCAGCUCCCACGACAUGGAGUGCAGCUCCCACGACAUGGAGUGCAGCUCCCACGACAUGGAGUGCAGCUCCCACGACAUGGAGUGCAGCUCCCACGACAUGGAGUGCAGCUCCCACGACAUGGAGUGCAGCUCCCACGACAUGGAGUGCAGCUCCCACGACAUGGAGUGCAGCUCCCACGACAUGGAGUGCAGCUCCCACGACAUGGAGUGCAGCUCCCACGACAAGGAGUGCAGCUCCCACGACAUGGAGUGCAGCUCCCACGACAUGGAGUGCAGCUCCCACGACAUGGAGUGCAGCUCCCACGACAUGGAGUGCAGCUCCCACGACAUGGAGUGCAGCUCCCACGACAUGGAGUGCAGCUCCCACGACAUGGAGUGCAGCUCCCACGACAUGGAGUGCAGCUCCCACGACAUGGAGUGUAGCUCCCACGACAUGGAGUGCAGCUCCCACGACAUGGAGUGCAGCUCCCACGACAUGGAGUGCAGCUCCCACGACAUGGAGUGCAGCUCCCACGACAUGGAGUGCAGCUCCCACGACAUGGAGUGCAGCUCCCACGACAUGGAGUGCAGCUCCCACGACAUGGAGUGCAGCUCCCACGACAUGGAGUGCAGCUCCCACGACAUGGAGUGCAGCUCCCACGACAUGGAGUGCAGCUCCCACGACAUGGAGUGCAGCUCCCACGACAUGGAGUGCAGCUCCCACGACAUGGAGUGCAGCUCCCACGACAUGGAGUGCAGCUCCCACGACAUGGAGUGCAGCUCCCACGACAUGGAGUGCAGCUCCCACGACAUGGAGUGCAGCUCCCACGACAUGGAGUGCAGCUCCCACGACAUGGAGUGCAGCUCCCACGACAUGGAGUGCAGCUCCCACGACAUGGAGUGCAGCUCCCACGACAUGGAGUGCAGCUCCCACGACAUGGAGUGCAGCUCCCACGACAUGGCGCAGUGGCGAACUGAGGGCGGAGUUCCUGCCUCUGCUGUUUUCACCUGA